AUGGCGAGUACCAAAGUUCAGAGGGUUAUGACCCAACCCAUUAACUUGAUCUUUAGGUUUCUUCAAAGCAAAGCUCGCAUUCAGAUUUGGCUCUUUGAGCAAAAGGAUUUGAGGAUUGAAGGAAGAAUCAUUGGUUUUGAUGAGUACAUGAAUUUGGUUUUGGACGAUGCUGAAGAAGUAAACGUCAAGAAGAAGAGCAGAAAGACAUUAGGGAGGAUCCUUCUUAAAGGAGACAACAUCACUUUAAUGAUGAACACGGGGAAAUGA